AUGGCCAAGUCCCUCGACGUCUACUUGGCGCCGGAAGCGCUCCUCGCGCGGCCGUACGACCUCACGUACGAGAGCUCGGCCGCGACGUCGAUCCACGGCAAGCGCCUCGCGCUCCGCUUUGACGCGACGGGCAGCUCGAGCUUUGUCGAGCUGAGCCGCCAAGACGUCUACAAGACCGUCCAGGAAGCGGCGCGCGGCCACUGUAGCAUUGAGCGCCAGGGGUCGCUGGCGACUGAGAUUCCAGCCAUUCACAUGCGCGAUAUCCGCAAGCUCGACAAUGCGUUUGCGAUCGCGGUCGAGCCGUCGUUCACGAUGCGUCGCCAGGCCAUUUUGCUCAAUGCCGAUCCGCUGCGCGUCGUCAUCCUGCGCGAUGCGUGCUUCGUCUUCCUGCCCGACGGCGCCGACAGCCUCGUGUCGCUGCUCAAAACGAAUUUUCAAGAGCACGUCAAUGCCGACGCCAUGGCGUUCGAGUUUGCCGCGCUCGAAGCGGUCCUUGCGACCAUCUGCAAGCUCGUCGCGAGCGCGGCGGCCAAGAUCGCGCCCCAAGCAACCGCGGUCGUCGACAAGAUGCUCAAGCACGGACUGGUCACGACCGAGCUUGAGGCGCUCCGGUACAUCAAGAACUCGCUCCACGAGCUUGAGGCGCAGGUGAAUGGCAUCCGGCGAGCGCUCAUGGAACUCCUCGAGACGGACGAAGACGUGCACAUGUUGUACUUGACCAAGCUGCAUGCGUCGCCUGGGAUGGACGUGAUGAGCUUUGAUGCAGAAGACGCCGAGUCGCUCCUCGAAGUGUACCUCCAGGACAUUUAUGGGACGCAGUCGCGGAUCGCACUGCUCUUGAGCAACAUUCAGACGACCGAGUCGAUGGUGAUGCUCAAGCUCGACACGAAGCGAAACUACUUGCUCACGGUCGAUUUGACGCUGACGCUGUGCACGACGCUCAUGGCUAUCCCGACGUUCAUCGUCGGAAGCUUUGGCAUGAACCUCAGCUCGUCGAUCGAAGAGGCCGACUACUACUUUUGGAGCAUCUUUGGUUUCUGCGUGCUCUUUCCAUUUGUCACGUACACGCUCAUCCGCAAGUACCUUGGCCAUCGCGGCGUCGACCUGAGCUGGAACAACUAA